GACAUUCUGUUGCUCAGGAAACUACAGAUGAGCCACAGGGCCUCCAGGUCAGUGUUCCAGGGGUCAGCUGCUGCUGUAAACAACGGAUGCCCACUCUUCUCUCCUGUCCGGCAAUUGUCUUUUCAGCAUAACCCCGGUACAACUGUCUGUGCUCCAUUCUACCAGUUCAACAUAGACUUUUCAUCUUCUCAUCAUCUCCCCCUUGUUCUGUGUCUGUCUGUCUCUCUGUGGGUGUGUGGGCAGCAAUGUUCCCUCUAAACUGCGCGCACACGCAGCUCUCUCGGGACUGUGGCGCAGAAGAAAUAUCUGCGCACGACAUUGAACUUCUAGAGUUUUCCCCGUUAGUUAACACUAUCAACGUUUCCCUUUACUGUGGGAAUUGUGUUCUAAUCAAUGCAAUAUUAGCCACUUUCAAUGCAACAUACCGAAACCAAACGAACUAUGCAAGACUUAGUAUGCAAAACUCAGUGGCGUGUAUUCAUGGAUGCCAAGGGAAGCCAGGCUUCCCCAAAAAAUUGACAACAAAUAAUAAUUUUAAAAAACGUACAAUUAGUUAUCUUUUGUCUCUCUGUGUUUCAUAAUUUUCCUUCAAUUCGCAAGAGGCUGAAUGUAUCUCACAGAAGAAAGCAUCCAAGCGAGCGAAACAGCGCCCCUCUGUCUCUCUACGUGUAGGCCAUCUAUCUGAUGUUGUCUGGUCCAAACCAGUAUGACAUUGAAGGAAGUGCUUUUGUUUACCCAUAAGUGGCCACAUGACCUUUGAAAUAUUUGAAUCCUUCUUGAACUGUAAUGUGAUUUGUGGAUUCAAAUAAAGUAUUUAAAAUGUGUGUCUGUAUUUAAUGUAGGCCUACAUAGGGCAUUUUGUUGUGCAGUGUCUUAUGUGGCUCUUCUUCCUCCAGAUAGCAAACGUGCACGCUCUCUAAGUGCUGUGGAUACAGAGCCACCUCGCAUGCCUCACCUCAGCUCAUCCAUAACAAUACACGUGCUGCCCUCUGCAGGCUGA